AUGCUAAACUCAAGUGAAAUGCCAGCUAGUCCGUGCCUGGAGCUGGGCCACCUGCCCGCGCCAUCCAGCGCAGCGGCGACAACAACAACAACGACGAUGCGGCAUAGAAGCAGCGCCACAAGGAUACGCAAAAGACUUUGCCGCUGCAGUGGCCAGCGGCCAGAGCUGAAACCAGAGCCGGCGGCACAGCUCGAGCUGCCACUGGCAACGGCAACAGCAACAGCAACAGCAACAACAGCUGCAACCACAAUACGACGCACCACAACGAGCCCAAGGAGCAGCGCCGGCCUCAGUCUGGGGCUGAUCGGCGCCGCCGUGCUGCACACAACGAACGCGCUGACCGCCACGGUUGGCGCCCUCGAUGCCGUCGCACUGCCGCUGCAAGGCACUGCCACGCCCCUGCCCGCCACACACGACCUGAACGCCACGCUGCUGAGCAGCACGUCCGGCGCGCUCUACAACGACAGCAGAGCCACGCUGGAUGCGGGCCUUGCCGCAGCCGAGGGGGCCGAGGACUGGUUCGACGAUCUGUUCUGGCUGCUGAAGGCAUCCGUCAUGCUGUUAAUCAUCAUUGCGGCCAUCUGCGGCAAUCUGCUUGUUAUUAUUUCUGUGAUGCGUGUUAGAAAAUUAAGAGUUAUAACGAAUUACUUUGUAGUUUCCUUAGCCAUGGCUGAUAUAAUGGUCGCUAUUAUGGCCAUGACAUUUAACUUUAGUGUGCAAGUAACUGGGCGCUGGAACUUCAGCCCCUUCCUGUGCGACCUGUGGAACAGCUUGGACGUCUACUUCUCAACUGCAAGCAUUUUGCAUUUAUGCUGCAUAUCAGUGGAUAGAUACUAUGCCAUUGUGAAGCCGCUCAAGUAUCCGAUUAGCAUGACAAAACGCGUGGUUGGCAUUAUGCUGUUGAACACAUGGAUAUCGCCGGCGCUGCUCUCGUUCCUGCCCAUUUUCAUCGGCUGGUAUACGACAGACAAGCACAAGGUAUUCGUGAAGGAGCAUCCCGAGCAGUGCUCGUUUGUGGUGAACACUUACUAUGCCAUCAUAUCGAGCUCGAUUUCAUUCUGGAUACCCUGCACCAUCAUGAUUUUCACUUAUCUGGCCAUUUUCCGUGAGGCCAACCGGCAGGAGAAGCAGCUGAUGAUGCGCCACGGCAAUGCGAUGCUCAUGCAUCGCCCAUCGAUGCAGCCAUCAGGCGAGGCGCUGAGCGGCUCGGGCUCAUCGAAAACGUUGACACUGCAUGAGGUCGAGCAGGAGCACACCCCGACUAAGGACAAACAUUUAAUCAAAAUGAAGCGGGAGCACAAGGCCGCACGCACUCUGGGCAUCAUCAUGGGCACCUUCAUCCUCUGCUGGCUGCCAUUUUUCGUGUGGUACACGCUCUCCAUGACCUGCGACGCGUGCCAGGUGCCAGACAUUGUGGUCUCGAUACUCUUCUGGAUUGGCUACUUCAACUCCACGCUCAAUCCGCUGAUCUACGCGUACUUCAAUCGCGACUUCCGGGAGGCUUUCCGCAACACGCUGCUCUGCCUGUUCUGCAACUGGUGGAAGGACCGGCACAUGCCGCUGGACAUUGACAUACGGCGCUCGAGCCUGCGCUACGAUCAGCGCGCGAAGAGCGUCUACUCGGAGAGCUAUCUCAACUCGAACACGCCCUCGCAUCGCCGUCAGUCCCAGAUGGUGGACAACUUAUAAUACAGGGACGAGGCGCUGCUGACGCCCAUUGCCCAGCAGCAGCAGCGGCUGGCGGCCGGCGCCGCGCCUGGCUCCCGGCUGGACAACCCCAGGCCCAAGCCCAGCCUGGGCAACCUGUCGGCCGAGGAUGUGCAGGAGAUACAGAUCGAGAUACCCAUGGAGUAUAUCAACAAAUGGAACAAGAACAACAAUGCAGCAGCCGCCACGGCCUCCAGUCAUGUGUAAGAGACUGACGGACAACACCAGCAGCAGCAGCAGCAGCAUUACCAUCAGCAACAACAACGACAACAACAACAACAGCAACAGCAGCAACCGUAGCCAAACAAUGGCCCAGUUGCGUCAUUCGAACAAAUGCAAUUACAAUUUUCCAUUAAUUUUUAAAAUUAAUAUGCUGCUUGCAUUCGCACUGUAAAUAUUUAAGUCAACAUUUACGGAUUCAUCCGUGUACGAGGUGCACUCCAUAGGCGCGUUGUCUGUUCGUUUUCAUUUCGUUUUUAUCUGCUUUAAAAAUUCGCUGCACUGAUGGAGCUUCAAUAUGGCCGAGAAUGAGUAAA